AUGCAUCCGAGUCGACAGCAGCGAUAUCAGAUGCUAUCUAGCAGCACGGUCGCAUCAGAGGACAACGCCUCCGACAGCGAUGAAGAGAGGGACCUGUUUAGAUUGAGAUUUAAACUGAGUGUUGCAGACCGCAAGAACAGCGAUCUAGAAGUCGAAGUCCAGCGCCUGCAGAGUGAAAUGGAUACGGUCAAGGCUCUGAACCAGAAUCUCGAGCAGGAAAAGGCUAACCACACCACCACGACGUCGGAAGCUGAGGCGCUGCGGGCACAGAUGGAAGUGCUCGAAGCCGCUCUGGAACACAAGGAUGUCGAACUGGCUAAUAUUGCUGGUGCGGCGCAAGGAAUAUCGCACUCGUGCGCUCGACCACAGAACUCCUAUAAUCGCCUCAUUGUGAAGCUUGCCGCGGUUCGCGGGGAUGUUCAUGUUGUAGAACAAGAAUUGGAUGAAGCAACAUCUCACUCGAGCGAUAACACUGCAAGCCAAGGACGGAUCGCUGAUCUGCAGCGAAAGCUGGCGGUCGAGGAAGAUAAGGUCGCUAGGCUCACCAAAGCAAACAAACUGCUUACCGAACAGCGCUCAGCGAGCGAAGCAGAUGCAGAGUCUUUUAGGGCACGGCUCUCCAACCUCGAAGCUGAGGUGCAGGAGUCUCGCGUGAGCAAAUCAAGGACUCAAACGGAUCCGGAAAGACUUCUUUCGGGCUGUUCGCAGGCCCAGGUGGGUGUGAACAUCCAGACUCCCAGACAUGCGACAUCCCAAGACCGCCCUGAGAUUGAGAUUGAGGUGCCGGAGAAUGAGAUUGAAACCUUGAAAGACAAACUCAACGAGCUCAGGUGGAACGCUCUCGACAAUGUCAUCGACCUCGAUAUGGCCAACAGAGCAUUUCGUGCCUUCGAUUGCGACCACAUCAAUACUAGGAAUCUUCCCGACGGAAGAAACUCUUCGCGUCUACCUAACGCAGGAUGGGUUGCGUCGAGCAUCUUCAAGGAUUGGAAGGAAGACGAGCAGUUUGUCAAGGUCUAUAGUAAACGCCGACAGAAUGUGAUCAACCACCACAAGGCUCAUGGGCGCAUCCAGGAAGGAAAGGGUGCGAAGUUCUGGCUUCUUAGGGAUGAGUUUAACUAUGUAGACGAGAAGCGUAGUCUAGAUAUAGUCUACAAGUAA